AUGUCGGAUGAUGUGUUUUCAAGACUGUCUCUGUCACGUGAAGAUUUAAGCCAGUAUUUCGCCUCGGACAUUUCCCAACUGUCAACGCUAAAGACACUACAAGAUGUGUGUGGUCUAGGGGUGGCAAGCACGUGUUUCAACAAUGCUGCUUGGUUGUCCGGAAAUGCCACACCAAAGUUAACCCAAACGUCUGUAAAGCAAUCUACAUGUUCUGAAAUUAACGGCGGCAAUGUUGAUCACCCCUUCUACAACAGACGACGUCGCGCGACAUCCUCAGAAGAAGGCUUGACUCGAACACGUGACAAGUAUAGGGUCGUAUACACAGACAAACAGAGGAAGGGAUUGGAAAAGGCGUACGAGGAGAACAAGUUUAUCACUAUGGAAACCAGAAACAAACUGUCAAAGGAGCUGGAUCUAUCGGACAGACAGAUCAAAAUCUGGUUUCAAAACAGAAGAGCAAAGGAACGAAGAGAUUUGAAGCGGUCCUCUGAUGCAGAAAGCUCAACGUCUGACUCCGAUCACAGCAAUUCUUCCGAUUUCAUCGACAGCGCUUCAAUGACGCCAUCGUGUCGAUUUGGCGGGAAUAAGAAUGAAUACACGAAAAAUACGUUGCCCAUCGCCCACUAUCACAAUGAAACCGGUACCAACACCACAACAGACCCAUUCUUUGGAUAUCAAACUGUACCAUCAUUUAUUGAUUCUCAGCCUAUGUUUUGCAGCUAUUCUUCAAGUCAUGGCGAUCUUCAUUAUGUCGACCACACGCCUCUCGACAUAUAUUCGUCUUUUCCAACAGGGAGAUUAUGA